CAAAUUCUCCGCCCUUCUUUUUUGUUAUUCCACCCCCACGUUCCCUCCUUUUUUUCGCCAUUUUAUAUAAAACUCAAAUCAAAAGCACCCUUCUUUUUCUAAAGCCCUUUGCUUCAACAAAUUCUCAUCAUUCUCGCCACUCCCACUUUCUCUCUCACAGAAGCCUGUCUUUCUGCAAACUUGUUUCUUCAAUGGAGAGCAACCCCUUUCAGCUUUUCUUUCAUCGUGUUCUGAAGCUGCUGCUGCUGCUGCUCUGUGCGUUGGUUUCUGGGAUUGAGCUACGAGGGGUGUCCGGGUCGACGAAGACGGAUGGGGAGGCACUUCUUGCGUUCAAGAAGAUGGUUCACAAGGACCCGCAUGGAGUUUUGGAGGGGUGGCAGGCCAAUAAGAGUCCAUGCACCUGGUAUGGGGUUUCCUGCUCUCUGGGACGUGUCACUCAGCUUGAUCUCAACGGGUCUAAACUCGAGGGAACUCUCUCUUUCUACCCCUUGGCUUCUUUAGAUAUGUUGUCUGUUUUGAGCCUUUCUGGUAAUCUCUUUUAUGUGAAUUCUACUGUUUUGCUUCAACUUCCCGUUGGAUUGACACAGCUCGACCUGUCGUCAGCCGGGCUGGUUGGUUUAGUUCCUGAAAAUCUUUUCUCCAAGCUUCCGAAUCUUGUUUCCGCCACUCUUGCUUUAAACAAUUUAACGGGGUCUCUCCCUGAUGAUCUCUUAUUGAAUUCCGAUAAGCUGCAGGUUCUGGACCUCUCUUAUAACAAUCUAACGGGUUCCAUCUCGGGCCUGAAAAUUGAGAAUUCUUGCACUUCCUUGGUGGUGUUGGAUCUGUCGGGAAACAAUCUAAUGGAUUCACUUCCAUCCUCGAUUUCCAACUGCACCAGUCUCAACACUUUGAAUUUGUCCUACAAUAACUUGACGGGAGAGAUCCCGCCAUCUUUCGGCGGCCUCAAAAACCUACAAAGAUUGGAUCUCUCCCGCAAUCGUCUCACUGGUUGGAUGCCUUCCGAGUUGGGAAAUACGUGUGGGUCACUCCAAGAAAUCGACCUUUCCAAUAACAACAUUACGGGUCUCAUUCCAGCGUCUUUCUCCUCUUGCUCUUGGCUGCGACUUCUUAAUUUGGCCAACAACAAUAUUUCCGGUCCCUUCCCAGAUUCCAUCCUCCAGAGCCUUGCCUCAUUGGAGACCUUGUUGUUGAGCUACAAUAACAUCUCCGGAGCAUUUCCUGCUUCCAUUUCAUCUUGCCAAAACCUAAAGGUUGUGGAUUUCAGUUCUAAUAAGCUUUCUGGCUUCAUCCCACCAGAUAUAUGUCCAGGUGCUGCUUCACUAGAAGAGCUGAGAAUCCCGGACAAUUUGAUCAGUGGAGAAAUUCCAGCUGAAUUGUCACAGUGUUCAAGGCUGAAGACUAUUGAUUUCAGCUUAAACUACCUGAAAGGCCCAAUUCCACCACAGAUUGGGAGGCUUGAGAAUCUUGAGCAGCUAAUAGCUUGGUUCAAUGCCUUGGAUGGAGAAAUCCCACCAGAGUUGGGAAAAUGCAGGAACCUUAAGGAUCUUAUCCUUAACAAUAACAACCUUGGUGGUAAAAUCCCAUCUGAAUUGUUCAAUUGCGGUAAUCUGGAAUGGAUUUCGCUCACAAGCAAUGGACUCACUGGCCAAAUUCCACCAGAAUUCGGCCUUUUGAGUAGACUGGCGGUUCUGCAGCUUGGCAACAACAGCUUGAGUGGUCAGAUACCAAGAGAGCUAGCAAAUUGCAGCAGCUUGGUAUGGUUGGACUUGAAUAGCAACAGACUUACCGGGGAAAUCCCGCCUCGACUUGGCAGGCAGCUUGGGGCAAAAUCAUUAAGUGGAAUUCUCUCUGGAAACACCCUGGCGUUUGUGCGGAAUUUGGGGAAUUCAUGUAAAGGAGUUGGAGGCUUGUUGGAAUUUGCUGGAAUUCGUCCUGAACGGCUGUUACAAAUCCCAACAUUGAAGACUUGUGAUUUUACAAGAAUGUAUUCUGGUGCAGUCCUAAGCCUCUUUACAAAGUACCAGACUUUAGAGUAUCUCGAUCUCUCCUACAACGAGCUUCGGGGAAAAAUACCAGAUGAAAUUGGGGGAAUGGUGGCUCUACAAGUUCUUGAAUUGAGCCACAACCAGCUGUCUGGAGAGAUCCCCUCAUCACUUGGGCAGCUCAGAAACUUAGGUGUAUUUGAUGCAUCACAUAACAGAUUGCAAGGUCAUAUCCCAGACUCAUUCUCAAAUCUCUCUUUCUUAGUCCAAAUAGAUCUAUCCUAUAAUGAAUUAACAGGGCAAAUUCCAACAAGGGGGCAACUUAGCACACUUCCUGCAAGCCAGUAUGCAAACAACCCAGGGCUCUGUGGAGUUCCAUUGCCUGAAUGCCAAAAUGAUGACAAUCAACCAGUAACAGUUAUAGAUAACACUGCUGGGAAAGGAGGCAAAAGACCUGCCACUGCAUCCUGGGCCAACAGCAUUGUCUUGGGUGUUCUCAUUUCCAUUGCUUCUAUCUGCAUUCUGAUUGUCUGGGCAAUUGCUAUGCGUGCAAGGCGGAAGGAGGCAGAAGAAGUCAAGAUGCUAAAUAGCUUGCAAGCAUGCCAUGCAGCCACAACAUGGAAGAUUGACAAGGAGAAAGAGCCACUGAGCAUUAAUGUGGCGACUUUUCAGAGGCAGCUAAGGAAACUCAGGUUCUCACAACUCAUUGAGGCUACCAAUGGCUUCUCAGCAGCAAGUCUUAUUGGGUGUGGUGGGUUCGGGGAAGUGUUCAAGGCAACAUUGAAAGAUGGGUCAAGCGUGGCAAUCAAGAAACUCAUAAGAUUGAGUUGCCAAGGAGACCGAGAAUUUAUGGCUGAGAUGGAAACUCUGGGGAAGAUCAAGCAUAGGAAUCUGGUUCCUCUGUUGGGCUACUGCAAGGUUGGAGAAGAGAGACUCCUUGUCUAUGAAUUCAUGGAGUAUGGAAGCUUAGAAGAAAUGCUACAUGGAAAGGCAAAGGCACGAGAUCGACGUAUUCUAACAUGGGAGGAAAGGAAAAAAAUUGCAAGAGGCGCAGCUAAAGGACUCUGUUUCUUACACCACAAUUGUAUACCACACAUUAUACACCGAGACAUGAAGUCAAGCAAUGUGCUACUGGACCAUGAAAUGGAAGCUAGAGUCUCUGAUUUUGGCAUGGCAAGGCUAAUAAGUGCGCUUGACACACAUCUAAGUGUGAGCACUCUUGCAGGCACACCUGGGUAUGUGCCUCCAGAAUACUAUCAAAGCUUCCGCUGCACGGCUAAAGGAGAUGUCUAUUCUUUUGGAGUUGUUCUCUUGGAACUCUUGACGGGGAAGCGACCCACUGAUAAGGAGGAUUUCGGAGACACCAACUUGGUGGGGUGGGUGAAAAUGAAAGUGAAAGAAGGAAAAGGAAUGGAAGUAAUAGACCCAGAGCUGCUUUCAGUCACCAAAGGAACUGAUGAAGCCGAAGCUGAAGAGGUUAAUGAGAUGGUGAGGUACCUAGACAUAACAAUGCAGUGCGUGGAAGACUUCCCCUCCAAGAGGCCUAAUAUGUUGCAGGCGGUAGCCAUGUUGAGGGAGCUGAUACCUGGAUCUUCCAAUGCAAGCAAUAGUGGUUGAACCAUGCAGGGUAUUGUUUAUCAUGCUUAGAAAGAUAAAAGGGUUUGUAAGAUUUGUGAUUCAGCUGUUAAGAGUUGCUUGUAUCUACUUUGCAUCUCUUCUCUCUUUCAGAUAUGUUGACUACUUCCUAACAGAUGGUAAGAGAAUGUGAUGUGACUUCCAUGUUUCAAACUGAUGCAUUUGCUCCUGAAUUAUAGGCAAAUUUAUAAGCACUGGUAUUUUCGGUUACAGGAUAAGGAAUAUAAUUUCAUAGGCUACGGGCCUGUUUGGGAAAUGAAAA